UACUUGAAAAUUGUAUCAUCUCAAAACAUAAUUUCCGAUUCGAUACUUACCUACGUUUUAUUAAUUGUAAUUUAUUCAAGAUGCUGGCGGUGCAUCCAGGGUUCACUUAUAUUUUAAUGUACAUAAGUGCUGCAUUUUAUUGCGGAUUUGAUUCAGCUGUCAAAGAGGAACUGGCCAAACAUAAUUCUACAAUUUCGAAUGGCUUUUCAAAUUUCGAGUGCGAUUUUCUACAAUGUGUUGGCAAAACAGCGAGAUUUUUCGAAAAUGAUCAAAUAAUCGAAGAUGGAUGGUUAGUUGUAGCAGCAGUUUUUAGCGAAUUCGAUAGUAAUGCAAUAGAAGCUGUGAAAAAAGAGUUGCGCAGAUGUAUACCCGAAGUCAAUCAAAAGUUGAACAGUAUUCCAAAAUGUAGUAAAGUUAAUACUGGAGCCAAGUUACUGGAAGCUUGCGUUGAUAAGAAUACCUUAAAUUCUCAUUAUACUCGUAGUAAACUCAGUGGUUUCCAAUGAAUGAGAUUUAGGAAUUUUGCUCAACAGCUCCAUUAAGUAUAGAUAAGUACCCAGCAAGAUUUAGAUGACUUCUCGGAAUUGAAUGUUCUCAAUAUUAUGUACAAUUAUUGACGUACCUAUAGUUUUUCCUUUUUUUUUUUUUUUUUUUUUUUUUUAUUGCAUUAGGUAGAUAUUGUAUUUAUCAUCGAAUCCUGUUUCAUUUGAACUUUGAUCAACUUCUAAAAUGAAUAUUUUUACAAUUUAUUAUACCUACUUAAUCGAUGAAUAUGACUUGUACAUCACCUAUACUUAAUAAACUGUCAAAUUUCAAUUUCAUUUUCUAUUGACGUGAUUCUAGAAUAUACACCAAGGCUCGAAUUAAUACACAAUUUAAAAAAAUUUAAGUAUCUCUAUUUCUCUCGAAACUUUCCUCCAAAUAUGAAAUAUAUACACUUAUAAAACAAACUCUAGCUAGUGAGGUUAGUGUUCAGGAGAAAUGAGUAUAGAAUAUCAGUUGUGUUUGAGUUGUUUUAUAAGAAGAAGAAGAAGAAGAAGAAGAAAACGUGUCAAUUCGUCAUCGUCAUUUCUCAUCAAAGUCUAUUGUCAUAAGAAAUAUUUAUAAAUGUCUCCAUCCGAAGCUUAUCUAUCUUACAAUUAAGGACAAAAACUCUAAGCAACUGACAUGAAAUAAAUGACUCGACGUGACUCCUGAUGCGAAAACAAAAAUGAAAUCAUUCUGAUUUAGUUAACAAUUCAAGUUCAAUUUUUUUAGUCGGUUCCAGCAACGUUUUAUAAGAAUUGCCUACGCACUUUUCAAUUAAGAUUAGAGUAAUUGGUGAAAAAUUCAUCAAAUUAAGUGUGCACUUUUGCUCUAGAGAAAAUUGAGACAACUUUAGUAGGUAACUGAAUUCACCAGAGAACAAUCUUAAACUUGGAGAAAAAAUCAUUCUCAAUUAAAUAAAAAUGAUUACUUCUCAGCUUUAGCUAUCGAUGAAAGAAGAUGUAAAAUUACUCUAAUCAAAAUCACAGGUAAGUAGUACGAAGUUUACUUUCGUGACAAUUUAGAUUCUCGUACGUGCUACGUAGGCAUGAUUCAUCCAGAGCAGUCUUCCCAGUUUAUUAGGCAGGUACCCAAUUACGUUUUCAAACACUCAAAUUGUUUUUGAACAAUCUUAUCGUAACCAUUUGAUUAAUGGCAAUUAAGUAAAAUGCAUUUAUCUUUAUUCGAGGAAAAUAAAGAAGUCAUCGGUCAGUUUUUCAUCAUUAAUGUUGUUUGAAUUGAAAAAAAAAAAAUCUUGGAGAAAGCAAAAAUGUGUUUUUUUUAGUGAAUGAAUUUGCCUAAUGCACUCGAAACAAAUAAUUGUUAUUUUGAGAAAAAAUGUUAAAAUUGAUUAAAUUAUAAUAGAUCCUCUCUCCUUCACUUAUCUACUUUGUUUAUUGAAAUAUUAUUGAAUUAAAGUAGAUAUUUUUUGAUUCUACAAUAAAAUAUAUCUACCUACCUAUCUACCCAAUUUUAAUUAGUCUCAAUCUUAUAAGCACAAAGUCGAUUAGAAAAUUUUUCCAAGUAUCUACCUAAACUAAUAAACCAGAAUCUGAUAUUUUUCUUUAAUUUGGAAAAAAAACUGAAAUCGAUGUAAUUAUAAUUACAUAUGUACCUAACAAUUAUCACAUUUUGUUGAAACAGGCUACUUAUCAGAAAACUACCAAUUAAAAGUUCCAAAUUUUGAGCAAUCAAAAAAAAAAAAAAAUGAAAUUGAUCCACACUGAAAUGAAAUAGGUAGGUAUCUAGGUACCUGCAAUUUUAAUCUUUUGUAUUCCCUUCGAGCAUUAGUCUAGGUACCUCAAACAUUGCGAAUCCUUCUUCUGUUUAUUUUCCCCAACUUUAAAAAAGCAAAUUAAAUUGAAAUCACAGUGAAUAAAAAUUGAAGAUACCUACCUACUCGUAUUUCUACGUAUGUAUUUAGAAUUUAAUUCCUGAAAACCAAACUUCGAACGUCAUUUCCGAAUUUUCACUUUCCACAUCUUUCAAAAUCAUUAAUCCUGCUGCUUCUAGGUAGGUACGUACGUACCUAUGAUGAUAGUGAAAAUUGCUUGAUACGUAAGUAGGUACUAAGUACUUGUUUAUUUCAUUUUAAAAUAAUGUUUAAUUAAACGAAAACUGAUAAUAAUAAUUUACUAAAUUGUCCAUAUGACCGUGACCUGUAAUAUUUUGAAAUGCAUGUAUUCGUGAUAUUAUUUUUACGUUGAUUUAAAUUAUAAUUUACUUUCUUUUUUUCUUCUUUUUGAUUUGAUAAAGUACUUUAGAGUCUAUAUAAACUUGAAAGACGUAACUUGAAAGUGCACAGUUGAGAAAAAAUUAAAUUUCCAUCAACUCAGUUCAUAAGUUAACAAUUUUUGUUUUAUAAAAAAAUUCAUCAUGAAUGGAGUAUUGGCUUAUAUUUUAUUAUACAUCAGCGCUGCUUUUUAUUGCGGAUUUAACACAGCUAUAAAAAAAGAGGCAGCUCGGCAUUUAAACGAUACUACUAUUCAGGCUCUUUUCCCUCUGGACUCCAAUACUUUUGAUUUCGACUGCGAAGCUUUGGGAUGUUUGACGAAAACUCUCAAAUUGUAUGACGAUGAAGGUUUCGUGAUCGAGGAUGGAUGGAUAACCAUAACUGAAAUUUUUUCCUCGUACGAUACUGCGGCAUUCGACACAGCGAAAAAAAAUUUAGCAAAAUGUGUACCUGAUGUCAACAGAAAACUUGUUAAUUACUCAAAAUGCAAAAGAUAUCGAGCCGGAUUCGAGUUGCUGAAUACGUGCGCUGAUAUGAAACUUGCCAAGUUCAAAGUUAAUGGCAAUUUGUAAAUGCCAACUGGCAACGGAACCGUUUGAAUCUACCUUUGGGACCCACUAUACGAUGGAUAAGCUGGAUAAUUUGAUGUAACCUGAGCCAAGAUCUCAAUUUUACUCAAUCUACGGUUAUGAUUUUAAUUUAAUUUCAUGAUGUACUUAAGUAUAGACUCAUAAUUAUGUACUUGUGUAGUUUUGAAACAUUUUGUAGAAGAACUGUUCAAUAUACUUACAUAAAAAUAUGAAAAUAAAAUGCAAAAAAAUCUAAUAAAUGAUAUCAACGUAGGUACCUAUGUUGUGUGUUUCUAAUACAUAGGUAGUAAUGAGAAUGUGACUUUAUUUCUUAAGUAAGUAGUUUGAUACUUUUUGUGUCAGUUAUGGAUGUGUAAUGCAAAAAUAUAAAAAUUCAGAUACCUA